UGCAUCGAACAAGGAAAACCAGCUCUCUUGACGCCACUGAACCUCAGUACGUUCCACGGCCCAAUAUUACAGAGAGAUACAUAUUUACGUUCAUCCAGCCACUGCAGGUCCUGAAAAAAAGGAUAUAUGCUUUGGCAAAGGUAACUGCAAAAUAUCUUCGUAAAGACAUACAAGUGCAAAUAAAGAAAAUAACAAAGUGGUGUAAAGUAACAGUGAAUUAUUUCCAUACUGAUAAUAUCCAUCAACACCUCAUUCCACCAGAACUUUUUAUCAUGGUAGGACCCGUUGAUACAGGUGAACUAGUUCGAUCUUUAGUACGUAUACCAGGGAGUGGCCAUGACAAAUCAGCUGGAUCGGUCUGCCUUGACCUUGCCAGGGUCUCCACUCUGGCUGCAUCCGUUCCUGUUCCACAGACAUUACCACCAGCACUCUUGUCCCAGAAGCAACCGCCUCCCCAGGAUCAAACGAAGUUAGGAAGUAAGACCGGGGCAGCAAUAGGAGCUCUUCCCAGAACGUUGACUCUACUUCCCAACAGCAGAGGUCGCAAGCGGUCGUGUGCAGAAGAGGCUGCGACUAGCUCCGCACGUAGCAGUGCAGCAUCGUCCCAAUCUUCUGGCCAGAGUCCACCUGUGAAAAGAACCCGCAUCGUUUAUAUGACAGCAGAACAGUUGGCAAGGUGCCCUAAUGUUUCAACUGUUAAUACCCCAUCAGGACCUAUAUUCUGUAUGUCUCUACAGUCCACCAGUUCUAAUUCCCCUGCACCUUCCAUCUCGCAAGACAGCCUGUCACAGCUUCUGAAUGACAGGAAUAACUUGAGGCAACAGAACGUGCAACUGCAGCAGCGACUGGCGCUCUACCUGCACAUUUUCAGAAACAGGAAUAGGUUAACCUCAGUGGCCGAAGGAUUAGGUGUAAAAAUACCCUAAGAUUUUGUUCCUGUGACCUCUCUUUCCUCCUUCAUGGGUUAUUCCCGUGUUGGUGUUCUCUCUC